GCGGCGGGACCUUUUCCCGCUGGUUGCUUUCGGUUCCCAGCCUCCGGUCCGCGACCAGCGCAGUCGGUGUCGACCCCGCCUUGACCACCGCUGCCCCAGCUUCGGCUCCGCGAUCCCUGGUGAAACAGCUUCACCCGCGGGCCCCACUGUCCCCGAGCCUCCCGCCCUGUGUCCGCCCUGCUCCUUCGCGGCGACCCCUCCUCCUGCGGAAAGUCCGAGCGGCGUCGCGGACCGAGUGGACUCCGGCCGGGCCCGACCCGACCGCGGCGGCGCUGAGCCCUGCCCGAGGCACAGCCCCUCUGAGCGCCCGCCGCCAGGAUGUCUCAGUGGUAUGAGCUCCAACAGCUGGACUCCAAGUUCCUGGAGCAGGUCCACCAGCUCUAUGAUGACAGUUUCCCCAUGGAAAUCAGGCAGUACCUGGCCCAGUGGCUAGAAAAGCAAGACUGGGAGCAUGCAGCCACUGAUGUGUCCUUUGCCACCAUUCGCUUCCAUGACCUCCUGUCGCAGCUGGAUGAUCAGUACAGUCGCUUCUCUUUGGAGAAUAACUUUUUGUUGCAGCACAACAUAAGGAAGAGCAAGCGCAACCUGCAGGAUAGUUUCCAGGAAGACCCAGUACAGAUGUCUAUGAUCAUCUUUAACUGCCUGAAGGAGGAACGGAAAAUUUUGGAAAACGCCAGGAGAUUUAACCAGGCCCAGUCGGGGAAUAUUCAGAGCACUGUGAUGUUAGACAAACACAAAGAGCUUGACUGCAAAGUCAGAAAUGUGAAGGACCAAGUCAUGAGUAUAGAGCAGGAGAUCAAAACCCUAGAAGAUUUACAAGAUGAAUAUGAUUUUAAAUGCAAAACCUCGCAGAACAGAGAACAUGAAACCAAUGGUGUGGCAAAGAAUGACCAGAAACAAGAACAGCUGUUACUCCAUCAGAUGUAUUUAAUGCUUGACAAUAAGAGAAAGGAAAUAAUUCACAAAAUCAGAGAGCUGUUGAAUGCCACAGAGCUGACCCAGAACACCCUCAUCAAUGACGAGCUGGUGGAGUGGAAGCGGCGGCAGCAGAGUGCCUGCAUCGGGGGGCCGCCCAACGCCUGCCUGGACCAGCUGCAGGGCUGGUUCACCGUGGUGGCCGAGAGUCUGCAGCAGGUGCGGCAGCAGCUCAAGAAGCUGGAGGAGCUGGAGCAGAAGUUCACCUACGAGCAGGACCCGAUCACCAAGAACAAGCAGGGUCUGUGGGACCGCACCUUUGCCCUCUUCCAGCAGCUCAUCCAGAGCUCCUUUGUGGUGGAAAGACAGCCAUGCAUGCCAACGCAUCCACAGAGGCCUCUGGUCUUGAAGACUGGAGUACAGUUCACUGUAAAGUUGAGACUGUUGGUGAAAUUGCAAGAGCUGAAUUAUAACUUGAAAGUGAAAGUCUUAUUUGAUAAGGAUGUGAACGAGAGAAACACAGUAAAGGGGUUCCGGAAGUUCAACAUCCUGGGCACACACACCAAAGUCAUGAACAUGGAGGAGUCCACCAACGGCAGCCUGGCGGCCGAGUUCCGGCACUUGCAACUGAAAGAACAGAAGAACGCUGGCAACAGAACCAACGAGGGUCCUCUGGUUGUUACUGAAGAACUUCACUCCCUUAGCUUCGAAACCCAGUUGUGCCAGCCUGGCUUGGUCAUUGACCUCGAGACGACCUCGCUGCCUGUGGUGGUGAUCUCCAACGUCAGCCAGCUGCCCAGCGGCUGGGCCUCCAUCCUGUGGUACAACAUGCUGGUGGCGGAACCCAGGAACCUGUCUUUCUUCCUGAACCCACCCUGUGCACGGUGGUCACAGCUCUGCGAGGUGCUGAGUUGGCAGUUUUCAUCCGUCACCAAGAGGGGCCUGAGCGGGGACCAGCUGAACAUGCUGGGAGAGAAGCUUCUUGGUCCUAAUGCUGCCCCGGAUGGUCUCAUCCCCUGGACUAGGUUUUGUAAGGAAAACAUCAAUGAUAAAAACUUUUCCUUCUGGCUUUGGAUCGAAAGCAUCCUAGAACUCAUUAAAAAACACCUGCUGUCUCUCUGGAACGACGGGUGCAUCAUGGGCUUCAUCAGCAAGGAGCGGGAACGCGUGCUGCUCAAGGACCAGCAGCCCGGGACCUUCCUGCUGCGGUUCAGCGAGAGCUCCCGAGAGGGCGCCAUCACCUUCACCUGGAUGGAGCGCUCGCAGAACGGAGGUGAACCCGAGUUCCAUGCGGUUGAACCCUACACCAAGAAAGAGCUUUCUGCCGUUACUUUCCCUGACAUCAUCCGCAAUUACAAAGUCAUGGCUGCGGAGAAUAUUCCAGAGAACCCCCUCAAGUACCUAUACCCAAACAUUGACAAAGACCACGCGUUUGGAAAGUAUUACUCCAGGCCGAAAGAAGCACCAGAGCCGAUGGAGCUCGAUGGCCCUAAAGGAACUGGCUACAUCAAGACUGAGUUGAUUUCUGUGUCUGAAGUUCACCCUUCUAGACUUCAGACCACAGACAACCUGCUCCCCAUGUCUCCCGAGGAAUUCGACGAAGUGUCCCGGAUCAUGGGCCCCGUGGAAUUUGACAGUAUGAUGAAUGCUGUAUAAAGCGUGAAUUUUUCUGGUCUCUGGCGACAUUUUUCCUUCCCAUCUGCAGUUCCCUCAUGCUACUCUGUUCCUUCAUGGCCUGUGUUUCUAGGGAAAUGAAAGAAAAGACAACAGACUGCAACCUGUGGUCACAAGUGAAUAUUCCUGUAAGUCAGAACCAUGCUACCCUGGAGGGCUUCAUGCGUCUGUUGAUGGUGAUGCUGAAAGACACUCUCCACAGAGUGGAUUUGCAAAUGAAAAACAUCCAGAGACCCCUGAAACCUCUGAGUAGAUUGAGAGCCCUUUGGGAAAGGUGAGGAGUUCAGCAGCAUCUGCAAAAGCUGUGCAGUCAGUGCCUGAGAGUCACAGGCGUUGGAUGGAUACACGGUUAGUUGCGGAGCUCCAUGUAGGAAUGGUGAAUUUCUGCUCUUGACAAUUCUAUGCAUUCUCUCUGCUUUAAGUAUGGCUAGAAGUUUUGGAUUGUUUUAUUUGUGGAACAGUUCGGAGCCAAGUUGGGUACAGUUAUACGGUGUAGUAACACUUUAUCAAAGGUACCGAUCUCGCAUCUGAGUGGGGAAGGCAGAGGUUGUGCUCUUUAUUAUUUGUGUUUUUUUUGGUACCGGGGAUUGAACUCAGGUCCUUGCGCUUGCGCAGCAGGCGGCGAAACCACUGAGCUAAAUCCCCAGCCCCGUGCUCAUUAUAUUUUCCACACUGGCUGCUGCAAACUGAAGACAAGUUCUGUCUUGAGAAAAUUUGCCUUCUUCUGUUAGAUGUGGCUAGUGCUAUUGGCUAAUAACAGUAGAAGGAAGUUUGGGCAUUUCUCACAUUCAUGAGUAGUGAAUUCUGCUUAAUCUUUAAUAUCCAACACUGAGUGUAUUCCGCUUUUGUCUCCAUCACCAGUGAGUAAAAUUGUGACCUUCUGUCAAGAGAGCCAGCCUAUCAGCAACAUCUCCCUCGAGGAAAAACUUUUUUUUAAUUGAAAUUCUUUUAUAGAUUGUAGAUAAAGCCAGAAAUGUAACUCAUGCUUCUUUUUUGGGGCGGGUGGGGGUACUGGGGAUUGAACUCAGGACCUUGAGCUUGCAAGGCAGGCGGCAGCACCACUGAGCUAAAUUCCCGGCCCUUUAACUCACAUUUCUUUUUUCUUUUUUUUGGUACUGGGGAUCAAACUUGGGACUUUGCGCUUGCAAGGCAGGUGCCGGAACCACUGAGCUAAAUCCCUGGCCCCUAACUCACAUUUCGUAAGUGGCUUGUCUUUAUUGUUAGUAGCUGGUAAUCUCAGCCAUACAGUUGAGAAUGGAGUAGAGAAAGUAGUAACUGACAACUUGAAUCCUUAACCAGAGAUAAUGUGAGAAUCCAGUGUCUCAAAAACUUGUGUCCUUUGUACCUGCACUGAGAACUCCAUCUUGUUCGCCGAUAAAUGUGUUUUCUGACAAGUACCCUUGCAAUGGCUCCGUGAUCUGUCCUGAGCUUUCUCCAGGCCCUUUCUGAAGGGGCUUGUGGUUUUCCCUCCCUCAGCUCUGACACCCAGAGGUUCCGGGGCACGGGGAGGGGUUCUGCUAAUGACUGCACACCUCAUGUCUCCAUCGUCACCCCACAACCUCUCUGUUGUAGAAAUGCUUUGGUUUUCUUUGGUGGGGAUACAGUUUUCUUGAAAUCUGUUUUGAAAGUUGAGCUAACGUAUACACGCUGCAUUAAACACAACCUGCGCACAGUACAGUGCUACACACAAAUUGAGGCCUCCUGUCCGUUCUUACCUAAGACAGCAUGAACCUGGCUGGGUUUUGGUUCACUCUUUAAGUGGAAAUGAUAAGACACAAGACAACAUUUUAAGAAAUAAUUGUUUAUUUGCUGAGAUUUAACUAUUUGCCAUAUUUUUGUCCUGUAAGAAUGAUAUGGCAUGCUUUCAUUUUACCAGAUUCCUGGCUUCUAAAAAGUAUUAAAAUUCUAAUGUUAGUCUCUCAUGAGCAUUUAGUAUAAAGAUUUUUAAAGUUGGCCUUGUGAAUUGGUUUAAUAUUUACCUUAUUUACAUAUCAGUCCUCAUUUUCACAUAAGAUGAAUAAUACUAUUUUCCUACUUGUCAUUCUUAUCUACCCUGCUUCUAAUCAGAGCUGUGGCAGGUUGAGAAAGACCGAUGGGAGAGAGGGGUUUAUAUUCAUGUGUAAUUGGCCACUGUAAGAAUCACUGACCAGACCCUGGCUGAAGGAUGUAGUGGUUUUUUGGGGGGUUUUUGGUACUGGGGAUCAAACACAGGUCCUUGCACUUGCACAGCAGGUGGCGAAACCACUGAGCUAAAUCCCUGGCCCGGAUGUCCCAUUUUGACAAGGCCUGGUGCCUGUACUGCACUGGCAGGUUUGGAAGGAGCUCUCGACCAUUUCCCUUCCACUGGUACAGGCCCACUUGCUCUGAGUGGAUUGUCUCCUGAAGAUCUUACUGCUUUUUCCUUUAGAAAGGGGAGGGGGUGUUGGAAACAAACUGCAUGUGUACCACUUGGAAUAAACCUACCAUUUCUAAGCAACAAAUUUUCUGAGAUGGCAGUAAGUUAACAAGCAAAAUACAUAUUUGCCUACAAACUAAACUAUUAUAUGAAGGCAAGUCUUAAUAAACAGAGCUAUUCUCUGUCACAUCUGAUUGUCCCAGGGGAAGGACAGGAAAAAACUACAGCAUUUUGAAAAUUCUUGUAGCUACCAUUUAAACCGUGCACUAUUCCCAAAGUAAAGCCAUAUUUACUGGAAGCAUCUUUUGGUUAAGAUUCAUUCAGGUAUUAAUGCAUCAGAUAAACGUACACUGAGCUGCCACGAGUCAGGCACUGGCUAGAUGUUUAGAAAAUGCUGGUAAACAAAACAAGGACCCCUAUGCUUGAGAUCCUAAGUUGUUGUAACAUACUGGGUCAGAUAGUCUAGUGCAAUCACCUAACCUACUAAAGCUUAAGAUUUUGUGAAGCAAACAUAGCCAAAAGCUACAAAUAAUUUAAAUGUAAUAUAUAAAAAUUAGUUUUAGAAAAUGACAUUUAAAUCAGUUUUAGGAAGCCUAAAGAUAAUCAGUAUUAUUUUUAGAGCUGUCUAAGAGAAGUUUAUUGAGCUCAUAAGUGAUACUGAUCCCCAGCGCUUGCAAAUUUUGGUGAAGGUGUUUGUUAUGCUCACUGAGAAAUUAAACUCUGUUUGAUUUAUUGUCCAAAAAGGAACCAUACUUAUUUGAAUAUGCCUGAAAUGUAGCAAGCUGUCAGAUAGCCUGUCGGCAGACUCCCGCCGAGUCCUGUACUUCAUGAUGCUGCCAUAACACUCAGACCUCCCUGUCAGCAUCUGUCUGCAGCCUUCCUUGUUUCAUGAUGUGUUUGCUGUUCUGGCUGCCUGGCUGCCUCACUUCGGAGCAGGCUUGUUAUUGACCAUUUGGAGAGACAGCAAGGGGUGUGGCCUGCCUCACACAGCCGUGGAGUUGGGCUCAGGCUUGGGAAUAGAAGUAAAAUCCCCAACCUCUACCUUCAGUGCUUUCCAUCCAGCUGCUGUACCUGAUCUCACUCCUGUUUUGAGUAACUUCCUUAAUUUUCUAAACCGUCUCAUCCCAAAACAACACACACCUUGUCUAAUCUGGUAAAUUACAUCCCUUCCAGACAUAACUGUAAAAUCACCUUUCCCCAAAAACCAUGUUUUAACUGCUACCUAAUAUAUUAAUGGGCUGCCUCUCCGAACUAUGCUUUAUAAAUUUACUAUGACCUAUGAAUAAUACUGUGAGGAUUAGCAAGUAAAAUUAGAAAGAUUAUCCCCAUCCCACAAAAAUAAAAUGAUCUUUUUACACAGCAGCACAUACAACUUUUCACAGCUGGCUCACCUCGGUGUCUGAUCUCUGCACUGCUGUCCCUCUGUGGGCGCCUGCAUACUCAGCGGGGCUUGAGCACAUGUCAGGAUGUAAUGCUGUAGCACUUCUGCCUGUCUGUGACACUCAGCAGAGACAGGCUCAGUGGCACACACCUAUAAUCCCAGCAUACGGGAGCCUGAGGCAGGAGGUUGCCAAGUUCAAGCCCAGCCUGAGCAACUUAGCAAUUUAGCAAGACCCUGUCCUACAAAAUUUUACAAGAUUUAGAAAGGGCUGAGGAAGUAGGUCAGUGUAAAGGAUCUAGGUUCAAUCCUCAGUACUGUAAAAAUCAAAGAUCACCUCAGGUGGCCUAAGUUGUAAGUUCAACACAUGUUCUACCCAAGCUGCGUGAGCUGUGCUGUAGGAUGCAGAGGAAGCCCUGGGGCUAAGGGUCCUGCAUGGAGGCCUGUUCCUGGGCCCAGCUUCACUGGAAGAGUGGGUUAGAUAAGGGAACUUCUGGUAUGUCUUCCUUUCCUAAAGUGUCAGUAAUGAAGACGGUAAACACCCUGGCUCCUGUGGCCGAGCAACUUAGUCUGUGAGAAAGCACCUUGAUACAUGAAGACAUGGUAUUCGCCCACCCCGAACCCUGAAAGGACACCAGCGGUUCCCACAGGAGGAGCUAGGCACGAGAUCUGGCUCACCAGCUCGCCCAGCUCAGGUCCUGGCGAGGCCGCCUGGUUCAGCUCUCCAUGUAGAUCUCAAGGCCUUGUGAAAAUUACCUUUCCUCUCUUUCAAGACUAAGUUCAGUGGUUCAGUUAGACAAGCAUUUGCCUACUUUGUAAGCUUCUCCAAACCGUGGGACAGAGGACUGGAAAUGCAUCUCCCAACCCCACCUCCCCAGGACGAACUCCUUGUAGGACUCUCCUCCUGGUCAUCAAGGGAAUCCCACCUGACACCCUGCAUACUGCCUGGCUCAGAGUAGACAUUAGAAGUGGCUCUGAGAAGUGGGGGUGGCAGUGCUGUAAUCCCAGCUACUCUGAGGCUGAGGCAGGAGGGUUGAAAGUUUCAGGCCAGCCUUGGGGCAACUUAACGGCACCCUGUCUCAAAAUAUAAAGAGGAAAGGACUAGGAAUGUAGCUUCAUGAUAGAAUGCCCCUGGUUUGAUCCCCAGAGUCA